AUGAACAUGAUCAGAGCAACAAGUGAGCGAUCAUUCACUCAUUGGUCAAACAUCAUCUUCAAAGGAAGGUGUACAUUCUCAUCAUCUUCAACAUCGACUUCAUCAACUUCAUCAGACACAACAACAACAUCAUCGUCAGCAGUAACGAAUGAAAGGAUUAGUAAGAUACUUAGUCAGUUCCCAACUAUAAAGUAUGGCUUUGCUUAUGGAUCAGGUGUAAUACCACAGAAGGGAUAUAAUGCAGGUGCUACAUCAAUCAGUUUGGAUAAGAUGCCCAUGAUUGACUUGGUGUUUGCAGUGGACAACACAUUAGAGUGGCAUAAAGAGAACAUUGAACGCAACUUCCAUCACUACUCAUUCCUGGCAUACAUGGGCGAGCAAUCAGUCAAUCAUGUUCAAAAGAUGGCCGCCAAGGUCUACUACAACACUCUCUUGAAGCAUGAAGGAAUAAGAUAUAAGUAUGGAGUGAUCGAGUACGGCGACUUGAUUGAUGAUCUUCGAAACUGGGACAGCUUAUAUGUGUCUGGACGAAUGAUGAAGCCGAUAUUACAGUUGCCAAACCUGGCGGAUGGAGGCGAACAUAUGAGCGCGGUCAAUCGUGACAGCAACCUGUUGUACGCCAUCAGUUGUGCAGUGUUGACACUGCCAUCAGAGUUUAGCGAGUAUGAGUUGUACCAUAUGAUCAGUUCAAUCUCCUACAUGGGCGAUAUUAGAAUGCGAGGUGGAGAGAAUCCAAACAAGAUACACAACAUCGUCGUCAACAAUCUCGAGUCAAUGCGCGCCAUCUAUAUGCCACUGAUCAAGCAGCACUUUGGCAACAAUAUAUCAAUUGGUCAUGUGGACAACACUGGUCUACAUCACUUUAUAAAGGUAAAGAUCAUGAUCAUGAUCAUGUCGUGUCGCGUUGUCGUUGUUGUGUCCAUAACUAACAAUGUUGUCGUUAUCCACAAUAGUGCGGUCGUGAGCAACCUGCGGAAGAACUUGCGAGGUGGAAAGGUUCAUGUUGAGCCACAGGUUGUGACCAAGUGUAUCCAGGACAUUGUCGGUCGCAGCAGCUUCACACAGUCUGCCAAAGGUGUUCUAACUGCUGGUCUAACCAAGUCACUCGAGUACAUCUAUCUCAAGCUUCAGAAGUCGUCGUCCAAGUGA